AUGGAAUGCCAGAACCCGCUGUUGCAAACAGGAGAAAUUGAAAAUCUUAAGAUUGAGAUGGAACGUCUCAAGAUAGAUAUUUUAGGGAUAAGUGAAAGGAGAUGGAGCGGUCAAGGUGACUUUAUAUCGGGAGACUACCGUGUCAUCUACUACGGUGGUGAUAACGGAAGAAAUGGAGUACGCUUUAUUCUAAAUAAAAAGUGGAAACUAUGUGUGAGUAGUCACAUCGCUUACGAUUAUAGAUUGAUAUUGAUCAAAUUAAAAUCUGCAUCUAAUGACAUUACAUUAAGACAAAUACGUAAUAUGCCCACAACACAAGCGAACGAUGAAGAAGUAGAAGAGGUCUACGAAAAGUUAGAGGAAUUCAUUAACUUCACAAAUAGAAGGGAAAAUCUAAUUAUCAUGUGGUGGGGGAAGGGGAUUGGAAUGCGAUUGUGCGUGAAAAUAUAG